UAGAUAACAGUAUUUGGCUGCUACGUAAAGAUUCACACAAUAACACUUCGAUGGCCUAUCAUGUGUGGCCAGAUCGCCUCUGAAAAAAAGAGAUAAUAGCUCAGUGGACUUUACCUGAUACUAUAAAAUAGAAAGAAGAAACAUGUAAUUAUUGUGAAGACUGAGAUAGAGACGUGGUAAGCACCAUGUCCAACUAUCAGUCUCCUCAGCGCCUCUGGCCACACCGCGCCUUGAGGUUUUCAUGGCGGUUUGGUCGGUCGGGGCGCUCGCUUGUUGUUAGGUGAAGAUUAUUCUCCCGGUUUUAAAGUUUAAUUUCGAACAAAUCUCAGCCAUGUCUGGCUCAGCGGACUUCAUCCUGCCUCAGAAAUGCACGCCGCGUAUUUUCGCCGACAGUUUUUAGGUUUUAUUUCGGACAAAUCCCCUCGACCCGAGCCCCCAAGCGCUCUCGCCCAGCGUCACUGCCCGGAGAGAAGACCGUUUUCCCGCUGGAGGCGCUAGGCCGCACGGCAUCUCAUCGGGGUUCGGGUUUCUUCACUCCUUAACGUCACGUCGUGGGUGUGAUCUCGACCCUGACGCCUGCUGCUGUAUAUUUGGAGUUUGCGUGGAUUUUUCUCCGGGUCUUCUGCUGUCCCUGGACCUGUACCACAUGGAGGACGAGAUCUACGAGCUCUCCUUGAUGAGGGAACCGCGGAAUCCAAAAUCAACACCGCUGACACCCUCGAAGCCGGUGGUGAUGGCCGAGUGGGCCUCCGGUGUGUCGCCCAAGCCCGACGCGGCCACCAUCAACAAGCACGUGCAGCGCGUCGUGGAGUCCGUCUUCAAGAACUACGACCACGACCGUGAUGGCUACAUCUCGCAGCAGGACUUCGAGAAGCUCCCCGGCAACGUGGAGGGAAACGUCGGACAUCAGGGCCGACAACACGUGCCACAACCCGAAACACGCGUCGGAGGAGCCGCUACGACCGCUCGUACAGAUGAAAAAACUUUACAUUUCAUCGGUUUCCAAGAAAAACAAAAAAAAACACUCACCCUGCUCGCAUGUAGGACAAACAAGCAAAAAAAAAUGCAAUGAGAAAUUGUUUCACGAUUUGUGUGCACAACAGUUGUGAAUAUAGUUCAUGCCCCAUUUUCAAAUCUCGCACACGUGGCAGAUGUUGGCUACGUAAUGGCCACCUGGCUUCCAGGGGUGGUUUUACCAAAAAAACACACAAAACAUAAAUAAACAUUCGCAAAAAACACUCAAUGCCUCAUGCUGUAUAACACGAGGCGUGUGCGCCCACACGUGCCUUAGGCACAAUUUGCUUGUGGCACACACAACGCGUCCUUCUGGAAAUAUCCAUCGGCGAUAGAAGCGCCCACACGCGCUCUAAAGUCGAAACAGACCAGGGGCGGAGCCAGGGGGGGGGGGGGGGUGA